AUGGCCUACAACGCAAAAUGGGGCAUUCUUGCCACUGGCGGAAUUGCGAAAACUUUUGUCAAAGAUCUGCUCAAAGACUCCAAAGCCCGCGGCGCAGAGGACGUCACUCACACCGUGACGGCCGUCGCUUCAUCAUCGUCAAAAGCGAGGGCUGAACAGUUCAUUACAGAAAUCAACAUCCCCGGAAACCCAGCUGCAUAUGGAUCGUACCACGAGCUCGUCAACGAUCCCAAUGUUGAUAUAAUCUACGUAGCUACCCCGCACUCCCAUCACUACCAGAACGCAAGACUGGCAUUAGAAGCCGGCAAGCACGUACUCUGCGAAAAGGCGUUUACGGUCAAUGCCGCACAGGCAAAGAUCCUCGUUGACCUGGCUAGGAAGAAAAACCUCUUCUUGAUGGAGGCUGUCUGGACCCGAUACUUCCCGCUGAGUGUAGAGGUUCGAUCUCUCAUUCAAAAAGGUGAGAUCGGUGAAGUGCUUCGUGUUACGGCGGAUAAUAGCACUGGUGAUCCUGACUGGGAUCCUAGUCAUCGUAUGGUCAAUUUGGAUCUUGCUGGUGGAGCUCUACUUGACUUGGGUAUUUAUUCUCUCACUUGGGUUUUCCAGACUCUCUAUCACACUUUACCGCCCUCUCAGCGUAAGGCCCCAUCGUCGAUUGCGUCUACCAUGGCCAAACAUGCCGUCACUGGUGCAGAUGAGAGUACGACAAUGUUAAUUACCUUCCCAACGACAACGCCAUCCAAUCUUCCCAACCGAACAUCUCAUGCAGUUGCCAUGACAUCCCUGACUGUCGACAGCAAUCCGGACAAGGAGAACUCCGCACGACCUGCGAUUCGCAUUCAAGGAACCAAAGGUGAGAUCCAGGUUGAUGGACCGGCAUUCAGGCCACCACGCUACCGGGUGAUCCCUAAGAAACAAGGAGAUACUCCCGUCAAAAUCCGAGAGAUUGAGAACCCGUUCCCGGCGAAUGGUCACGGUAUGUACUGGGAAGCCGAUGAGGUUGCUCGAUGCGUGCGUGAUGGGAAGCUCGAGAGUGAGGGGAUGUCGUGGGAGGAGAGUAUUGUCAUUAUGGAGGUGAUGGAUGAAGUGCGUAAACAGAAUGGUCUUGUCUAUCCAGAGAAGAUUGAGUCGACCGAGUAUCCGAUCAAACUGUAA